UUGUCGCACGGAGCUGCUUUGAAGUGCAAUACGAUUUGCGCAACCCGCUCGCCGCUCGGGUCGUUGGAGUGCGAAUCCGGUUGCCGCCCUCGUAACGUGCCGGUGAAAAACGCGUGCGUUCCGGCCGGGAUAGUGAAAACGGUUGCCGACGUCGAAACUAACGCAGCAGGAUGAAGCAAAUUGGUUCCAUCAGCAGAACGGCGAUCACAUUGGGAUGUCUGGCGCUCCUGUCGUGCUACGGUUAUGUCACAGCCGAAUGGGAGGCGGCCGUGACCACGGACAACGGUAUUCUGUUUUUCGAUUCCAACUGGCGCAAGAUUUCUUCGGCCGCACACCAGUACAGCCGUAUAUCGGCGUUCGCCUACGACGAGGUGAUGGGUAAGCUGUACUUUGCCGAUCUCGAUCACCCGGAGCAUCGCAUUUUCGCCCUCGACUAUGACGAUGCCGAUGAGCUGCACCGGGUGUCGAAGCUACUGCCCACCAGCACCGAAACGGCAUACAUCACCGGUAUGGCGUUCGAUCAUCUCGAGCGCAAGCUCUACUGGACGGAAAAGCUGUCCCGAUCGGUAUACUCCGUUGCGAUCGAUCCGCUUCUGCGGAGCGGAGAGGCGGCAAGUUUGGACGUCGGUACGAACAGUAACUCGCGCGACACUCGCGAUGCCAAGCCGAGCACUGCUAAUUCGCCGCAAGUGAUCGCUACGGUCGGAUUCGAUCACGAACUGGCGGGACUGGCGAUUGAUGAGUGCCGUAGGCACCUUUACUGGACGAACUGUUACCCGAAAACGUCCAACAUCGUACGGGCCGACUUGAACGGAACGAUACUGAACGUGCACGAGAACCAGGUGUACUUCCCGAAAGGCAUCACGGUCGACCACUAUCGCAACCGGCUGUACUGGGUGGAGAAGAAGUACGGUCGGCGGUACUCGAUCGAGAGCGCCGACCUGGAGGUGAACGAUCAGCACACCCUGCUCACCGGGCUCGAUCGCUUGCCGGCGGACAUUUCGGUGAAAAACAACUUCAUCUACUGGACGGAUCAGGAGAACAACGAAAUCUACGAGACGGACAAGGAAUCGCCGAACCGCACGCGUACCGUGUACCGGGGCGAGCACCCGUCGGCCGUGAUCCUGCGUUCCACCCUGUUGCUCGAGCACCAGAAAAACAAUCCCGACUGCCGGGCGGUCGUAAGCCAGAUCCUGGAUGCCGUGCAGCGCUCGAAACCACCGACGGUGCUGCUAAAGGAGGCCCAAAACGGCCAGCUGAUCGUGUGUCUCAACAAUGGUACGAUUAACCACAACACCAACACCUGCAUCUGUACGCCGGCGUACGGCGGGAGGUUUUGCGAGGUGGACAUUUGCAACAACUUCUGCGCCCAGGGCCGGUGCCUGAUCGGGCGUGAUAAUCAACCGCGCUGCGAGUGUGACUUUCGGUUCGAGGGCGAACGGUGCGACCGGAACCGGUGCGAUGGGUUCUGCCUGAACGGGGGACGCUGCCUCUUCCACAACACCACCGACACCGGCAACGAUCGGUUUUGUCUGUGCGGCAACACCGGAUUUAGCGGGGCCCGGUGUGAGAAUUCGAUCUGCGGCACGGAUUACUGUUACAACGGCGAGUGCUACGUCGAAGGAAAGGUGCCGCGGUGCCGUUGCAAAACCGGCUACCGGGGUGACCGGUGCGAGGAGUACAGCUGUAACAAUUACUGUCUGAACGGGGGCCAGUGUACGCUGAGCAACGAAACGGUGCCCGAGUGCCAGUGUGGGCAGGAGUUUGCGGGAAAGCGAUGCGAAAUUGCAGUCCGACUGUGUAGCACCUAUAACGACGAUCCGCAGUGGCAUCAGUACUGUCUGGGCGUUUCCAAAACGUUACCGCUCAUGGAGCCAAAAGUGACCUACUGCAAGGAAUCGUUCAACCGCACCGUCGUAUACACCUCGCUCUGCUUCACCGUCUCGUUUCUGCUGCUGGCGAUCGUCGUCGUCACCGUGCAUCGCAUGAUGAAACCGCCGAGACCUCGGAUCACGAAGAAAAUGGUGGUCACACCGAUGACCUCCCGGCCGCCGACAACGCAGUGUGAGAUUACGAUAGAAAACUGCUGCAACAUGAACGUCUGCGAAACGCCAUGCUUCGACACUAAGCUGCUCAAAAAGGCGCAGAAAGAGGACAAGCAGUUCCUGCUGGAAGAUAUAGAGGACGUCGCCGGAUCGUACCGCAAGCUCCCGAACGUCACGUGUGGCGAUGCCGCCAGCGAGCGUAAAUGAGGGCCUUUCAGCGAGACAACGGCACAGUGGAACGCAAAUCCCUGUGACGCCGGGUGCUCAAUGGUGCUGACUGGCGGUAGUGAAGUCCGGAAGAGGAAAACCGAUUAACCACGGAACACAAGAUGCCUCGUGCCAGAGGCACUUAUCGUUCCCGUAAGAGGAAUAUCCACACGCGCAGCUACGUUCCCUGUCAAGGCUUUUCAGGUGUGAUAACACCCCACGGUCGGUGUGUGUGUGUGUACGUGCAGUCCAACCAUAGCCAACGCCACAGCCACAAGUAGAUUGCUGCAAGUAGUUCAAGCAAACUACAUCAUAGAACCUGCCGAGGUCGGAACAGUGUGAAACUUGGAUACCGCAACGAAACCAGAUGGCUCCCCGGGUGUGAACGAUGGUUAACUCCGGGCACAUUUCCUUUGGUGGAAAAUAGUACAAAGCCCCCCACCAUAUGCAGUCUUCUGAAACAGAAACCCACAACCCUUCCCAGUUACCAGUUAGUUUUCAUCGGCACGUGUUCAUUGAACGCAGUCCUUUUGGCCGUAGCCACCAUUAAGUUCCUGUAUUCGUGUAAUACGCCGUAUAGGAUGUAAUAAGCACCGUUACCACGGCACACCCCGCGACGAGGUUCCCGAUUUGCCUUACUGGAAGCUUUUCCCUCCUCUCUGUAAUAUAAUAGUUCGUGGAACCAUUCGGGUUCAUCGUUUUGAACGCAUGCCUUUUUACCUUGAUUGCUACUUAUCGGCACCCUUGCAGGGGUGCGAAGCGUUACUUAGAAUCGAUUUGUUUGUAUUUUGCGUAUUUGCCUGCUAAGUUGUUUAAUGUAGGAUGCUACCGCAUCGUCGUCCUUCGCGUACAUUUUUCUUUUCAUCCUUCAGCUUUACAUUUCGCUUUAGUUUAAUUUAUUGCAGUAUACAAACUGUCGGAAGUUCUACUUAUACUUUUACGGAAGUUCCGCAAGUAGCGCAAGGGUAAUAUCACCGAGUAUCCCUUAAAAUGAAAGCCGUGCUCUAUGGCCACGACAUUUGCACUGAUUUGAGAGAGGGUCUGGCGAUGAAGAGGAUGAAAUAGCGACGUCCUAGACGAACGGUGCCUGAAAUGCCAGCCAGCCUUCGGUAAAACGCUGGGUGUUAAUUUGAGUGUUGGUGUCGGUUGGUAACGGAAGAAAAAAAAUAUCGAAAGACAACCCUCUACAAGAAAUGAUACAGAUCUAACGCAAGGCGUUUCCUCACUGUUCAAAAGUGUUGUAGCGGCGGGAGGAAUGGCUGAAACCAGAACACACAGACUUAACACUUAGAAACAAAAACUUAAAUGAUAAAAUGGAUCGCAGCAAAUGUACUGUGAUUGUACAACACGAGCUCGGCACGGUUACUAAUAUCCACAUGAGAGUAUGUGAUAUUAGAUUAGUUUAUAGUUCAAAAUGAACAAAUGUGUAUGUUUUAGGUAGGGUUUAAAAAAUGCUAAAGCACUUGUAGCAAUUUUUUCA